AUGGAAGGUAAGGCAGAAGCCAAGGAGGUGUCCUUUGCAGAGAGCCUUGAAUUAACAGUACGUAAUUUACAGAGUCUUGAACCAAAGAAGCAAUAUGAAAAGCCAGUGAAUAGAAUGACACAUAAAAGUUCCCCUAUCAGUAGUAUUGCAAGUGUUGCUGCAGCCGGGAUGUCAUCACUGUCAGUAUCUGGUAUGGUAGAUGAGAUGUUAAGCACAACUGAAUUGCCGGUCUUCAUUGAUCAAGAAACAGAUUCUGCAGGCAUUCUAGCAAUUCUUAGAAGAUUUGCCAGUAAUGAACAUGUGCCUGCUUUGGUUAUUCUGGACUUGGCUUGUACAAGCAGCAAUGCUUGGGAUGUCAGCAGAGAUCUACUUCAGAUGGCAAAUAAUAAGCUCCAGGCAGUUGAAGCUGGUAAUCUACAUCAGCCACCAAUGCCAAGAUCAGCUGCUGGUCAGUCUAAUGAGCAAGUUCUAACUUCACUAAGGGGUCCAUUGAGCUUUAUGAAACAAAUAUGGUACCUGGUGAAUCUAUCCAAAGGUGAUACUAACAUACUACUUAAGCCAGUCCUCUUUCAGAAGUAUAGUGAAAGAAGUGCCAAAGAUGUAUUGAUAACUGGAGUGCUUCCAAUAGAGUCUGUUAGCAUAAAAGCACAUGUUAACAGUGUUGUAGAGCAGGAAAGAGUGAUUAGUAAACUGGAAAGUGUCCUUACUGAAUACAGAGCCUCGGAAGACAGUGACGUGAACCCCAGGAAAGCUGAAGAUUCACCUGAAAAGGACAAAUCCCAAAAAAGUGCCAUAGCAGUAGCAGCUCAGUCAGUAAAUCGUUCACUUGUCAGGCAAACCAUGAAACAACUUUUACAGACUUACGAUAACAACCAAACUUUCGAACAUAUCAUGGCGAUGAAAUGUCAAACCAAUGAUGGUGCUAGUAGAGCUGAAUACUUGAGAAGUUUAUAUCAACACCUGGAUAUAUUUGCUUCUUUAUUAUUGGAUGGUAAUAACCUCAUGUCUGGUUCAUCAAGUAUGAAGUCUCCAAAUCCAUUUACAGUCCUUGAAGAAGGACCAACAUCCACUCUUGGCAAACUGAUGUUUGAACAGCAUAUUCCUCCAUCCAGACUGGAAAGAGUUGCUGGUCAAUUGAAAUUAAACUUAGUACAUAUAAUAGUCCAAAGUUGUUGUCCAAAUAUCGAUAUAAAGCCACUGUCCUUACCACUCAGUGUACCACAGCCCUGCAUUGAUUAUACUGGUAGAAUCGUAUUGAAUGUUAACAAGGCGGGUUCUCAGUUUACUGAUACAAAUAAGCAUCCACUGGACAUUGCUGCUGAUUUGCUGACAAGGAUGCUCUCUCUCAUGAAAGCACAUGCCCAGUAUGCCAAGAAUAAUGACAUGUUUGACAUGAGAGCUGCACAAAAUGCCUCGACUACAGAUGAGUAUAAAGACAUUGUGUUCAAGACACAGCAGUUUACUGAAGUUGAUCUUACAAAGCUAAUCACAAAAGAUGACAAGAUAUGUUUUUAUACCAACCUGUUAAAUUUGAUGUUUAUACAUGCAAUGUUGAACUAUGUCAACGUACAUCGUUGUAGCAUUUCAGAUACUACUAAAGGUCAUAGUAAGCAUGCCUCAAUUGGUAAUAACAGUGAGUUGGAGCUAGAACAUUGUCAAUGGUUAUCGUCCCCGUAUGAUGUAACUGCUACAUCUUUGGAAAAAGUGAUACAGAUGUCAAAGACAGCGUAUUCUGUUGGACAACUUGGAAUUAUCAGUGUAUUGGAUCUGAGGUAUAUAAUUUUGAGACAUAGAUGGCAACCUCCAAGUGCAUUGGAUUACGUCUUACAAUGCAGAGUACAGGGUAUAAGUGAUGCAGAUCCAUGGUGUAAAUAUGCACCAUCACCAGAUCCUAGACUAUUGUUUGUCAUCAAUACCGGUACAUUAUCCUCUCCACAUGUUCAGGUAUUGAAUCCUGAGAAUCUAAAUGAGCAGUUAUCUAAUGCAAUGCUCACAUAUCUUAAUUCUAAUAUAUCAGUGGAUAUUAGUAAAUAUGAGGUUACUAUUCCACAACUUCUAGAUAUGUAUAGUAGAGAUUUUGUUACUAUUGAUGAAAAUGAGGAUAGUGCAAACUACGAAGGACUGCUGACUUUCAUAUUACCAUACACAUCAGAGGAACUGAGUGACAAAUUAAGGAAUUUGAUACACAGUAGUACUGCUAGACAGUUUGAGUAUAAAUGGAGUCCAAAGUUACCUAAAAGUAGUCUAUUCUCUUCUGGUACACUUCCAGCUAAGUCUGAAAAGCCCAUGUCAUUCCAAGUAAAGAUAUCACCGUAUAACUACCAGUAUGGGUACUCAUUCAGUGAGAAUGAAAAUGAUAAACCAUUCAACCAGAGUGGUCACAGGAGGCAUUCAUCACUCCCAAGGAAUCUAUCACCAUUCACAGUACCUGCCAGUAACAGCUCAUCUAGUGCAAUCUAUGCCAUGACGGAACAUGCUUUCAACUAUUUGAAAAACAAAUCAGAUCUCUUUGCAUCACUGGUUUUUCUGCUGUCCCCAGUUGAGCUGGGGAAUGAAAGUCCAAGUAAAGACAAAUCGAAAGACUCAAAAGUGCAAUAUAAUCUUGAGAAGGUGCUAGCCAAGCUAGAGAGGUACCCCGUAUUACAACGAUAUGUACAGAGAAAUCUAGCUGUGUUGAAGGAUGGGGAAAGGUCUAAAAUGUUUUCAGAGGUUCGAAAGAGAGAUUUAGGGAAGUGUAUAUUGUCUGGUAUGGAUAGCCGUGAGAUGCAAUCAUUGGUACACUACACAUUAAAUACUAUAAUGUGUAAUAAAAAUUGGGAGGAUGCAGUCAACCUGUUAGACUCUCUGUACUCUGAUAAUUUACAUCAUUCUGCUGAUACAACCCUCAUGAGAGACUUGUUUCUGUGCUGUGCUGGUACAGAUGAUUCAACCAAUAAAGAGACACCAUGGAAAUAUUUAUUGAGAAUUACUGAUAGGGACCUGUAUUCUCGUCUUGUAUUGGUGUGUUUAAAACAGUGGCCGAUCGAUGUAUGUAUUGAGUUGCUAGAAAAGGCUUUAGCAUAUCCACCAGUGAAUAAAUCUUUGGAGGUGGUUGUUGACAACAAAUUGAAAGAGAUGAAAAUUUAUCAAAAGGUUACAGAAUGUGCUGGAAGAAUAGAAACAAACAGUCCAUGUACAGAGUGGCAAUUUGUUGCUAUGGAGAUCAAGAAUAAUCCAGACAGGAUCAUAGAUGUUCUACUAAAUGCUGAAGAAUUUGAUGAUGCUAGAAAAUGGACACAGUAUUAUCCAGUACCAAACAGUUUGAAACAGACAAUUGAAGAAAAGUACAUUUCACAUAUUCUGAGAGAUCACAAGAACAUUAUGCAAGCCUUUCAGAUUCUUGAAGCUAUUACUGAGCAGAGUGAGUGCAAGAGAAUUUGUGAGGCGGUUUUACCAACUUUGACUAAUAACUGCCACUCUACAGUGUUCUUAUCUCAGUACAUGUUAUCAAAUCUGUCAACACAAUUAAAUGCUGAACAAAUAGAAGAACUACAAUGUAUUAAUAUGGGUGCUAAGGCCCUUCUGUGUCUUCCCAAAGACUUGAUGAUGAACUAUGAAGAUCUAUUUUCAAAACCUCAUCUUGUGAUAGAACAACUGUUAAUGAACAUGAAGAUUGAGUGUGCUGGGCGAGUGUUGGAGAGUUUACAUCAUGAUAUAUCUGGUCCUCACUGUAUGUCUUUGGAAUGUACAAUUGACUCAUUGGAUAAGUUAAUAUCCAAAUAUGCAGCCAAAGCGUUGGAAAUACCAGCUAUCAAGCAACAACAAGAAGAGCAAGAUAGUGGUCUGAAUCGGAGUGCAACGGCAACAUCAUUGUCUGGUAUGAGUACAUUAGAGCAAUCCAUGGCCAUAUCAUGUACACCAUCCUCACCACCACCAAGCUUAUCAUCUACACCUAUUAUAAAUGUAUCUACGCCUAAGCCAAUAAGGAAAGGAAGUCAAACUUCUGAUAAAGCAAGGAGUCCUCCAGGUUCCAUUGAUGGCAGACUUAGUCCUACGGGAUCAAUGAGUAGACAGAGCAGUGGGGGUAAUAGUCCUACAAAUGUGAAGAAAUCAACAUGUGUGCCACAUUCUGCUGGUAAACCACAAAAGUCUGUAUUGUCCCUACCAAUGGUUCCACCAAAAAGAGAUGAGUGGGUGUCUGACAGUGCUGUUAUUCACUGUAUGGCUUGUAAGGUAGAGAAGUUUAGUAUGUUUAAUCGACGCCAUCACUGUCGACGAUGUGGCAGAGUUGUUUGUGCCACGUGUUCUGAAAGACGUUCAAUUGUUCUCGGUUAUGGUGAUAUACCUGUUAGAAUAUGUGAUGAUUGUUAUAAUGCCUUUGUCACUAAUAAGUCUGAACAUGGAGUGGCAGCACAUUUAUUGGAUCGGAAACUGAAGGAAAGAUUAUCAGAUGUUUCACAGCAUGCUCAUAGUCCUAAAACACCAUCCAAUAUUUCCAGCCAUGAUAGUAGUAUAACACCCCCGAUUGAGACAAUAAUGGAAUUACCAGAACCACAAGACUCUGUACCGUAUGGAAAUAUGGAAAUAUUGAAACUAACAACUGAUGAAAUGUACAAUGCUACUAUCAGAGAUGAUUUUUAUUAUGAACAGGUAUUUUCACAUUACACUAGCAUUAAAAUUUCCUGAUAUGUAUAUUGUGUCUGUG